AAAAUCCUCGGCCCCUCCCCUGCCGUUCCCACCGCACUGGGCCUGCCCACGGGGCACCAGUGUCUAUCCACUGCGCUCCGCCCCGCUCUCCCUCCUCCGGAACUCCGAAAUGCCGCUCCUCCCCUCCACCGCGGCGGCGGCAGCAGCGGCGCUGCCCCGCCUCCGCCUGCGCCUCCCUCUCCCGCCCCGCCACUGCCCCCAACCCCUCGCGCCCCUCCGCCGCGCGCCCCACCACUCCUCCCCGCACCCGCGCCUGCUCCCGCUGGCGGCGGCCCUCCCGCCCCCUCCCCCCGAGGAGCUGCCCCCGUCGCAGGCCACGGGGCUCGUCGCGGCGUCGCAGGCCAACUUCAUGCGCGUCAUCGUCGACGCCGCGGCCCCGGGCCUGGAGCACCACCGCGGCUCCGACCUGCUCUGCGUCGUCCGCGCGCUGCUCAAGAAGAUCCGCCGCCGCGUCCUCGUCGGGGACCGCGUCCUCGUGGGAGCCGUCGACUGGGCCGACCGCCGCGGCAUGAUCGAGGACGUCUUCGAGCGGAGGUCCGAGGUCGCCGACCCGCCCGUCGCCAACGUCGACCGCCUCGUCGUGCUCUUCUCGCUCGACCAGCCGCGGCCGGAGCCCGCCACGCUCACCAGGUUCCUCGUCGAGGCCGAGUCCACGGGGAUCCCCUUCGUGCUCGUCUUCAACAAGGCCGAGCUCGUCGACGAGCAGACUAUAACGUACUGGCAAGAUAGGUUGAAGAGUUGGGGCUAUGAUCCACUCUUUUUAAGUGUUGAUCAGCAAUCUGGAUUUUCUGCUCUUGAAGAAAUGUUGGAAGGACAAACAACCGUAGUUGUUGGUCCAAGUGGUGUUGGGAAGUCCAGUCUAAUCAAUGCGUUGAGACACAACCAGAACAUUUCAGAAGAAGAUCCAAUACAUAAGCUGCUUGAGCAGAAUAGUAAAUGGUUUGGUGAGCAACGCGUUGGAACUGUGUCCAAGAAAAGCGGCAAAGGAAAGCACACGACGCGCCACGUCUCAUUGCUUCCUGUAGCUGGUGGAGGCUUCCUUGCUGAUACUCCUGGAUUUAACCAGCCUAGCCUGCUGAAAGUGACCAAACAGAGCCUUGCAGAAACGUUUCCAGAGAUAAGAAAGAUGCUCAAGGCAAAUGAGCCCUCCAAGUGUCUAUUUAAUGACUGUGUUCACCUUGGUGAGCAUGGAUGUGUGGUGAAAGGUGACUGGGAAAGGUAUCCAUACUAUCUCCAGAUGCUUGAUGAGAUCAAGAUCAGAGAAACAAUCCAGCUACGAACAUUUGGAACAAAAAGAGAGGGUGAUGUCAGGUACAAAACAGGUAUUAUGGGCGUGAAGCAAGCGGAGCCCCGUCUUGAACUCAAGAAGCACAGGAGGGUGUCUAGAAAGAAGAUUAACCAAUCAAUUCUCGAUGAGAUUGAAGAUGACAUUGAUGACCUCGAAGAUGACUACUGGUUCGAUGCCAAGCGGCAUUCUAGGCGAUGAUAACUGGUUCUCAUCUGAUGACCACCUAACAACUACACGAAGGAAUCUAUGGGCGCUGUACAUAGUUGGUUUUGUGGUGCUACCAUGCCCUUGAGCAGUUCAGCUGAUCCACUCUAAAAUGUAACUUUAAGUGCAUUGGCUGGAGACCUGUAGACUAGUGCUCCUGAUGUUGGUGAUGGACAUGCUUGUUGAUUUUCAUCACGGCAACACAGUGGGACUGGAAAGUUGCAAAUGAGCAUGGUCUCGUGUCUCCUGUCCAAUUGCUUGAGGGAUUUGUCAUUUGUGCGUCAGGACACGUACUUACAGGCAUUAGCCGUGUGUAUAUGAUUGAUUUACCCGGAGAGCCGCUUUAUUUGCUCCGUUGUUGGGUGUAAA